UGACUGGGCUUGAUGGCUUUCUGCCAGGCAGACCGGCAAAUGAAAGUUGAGAACAAGAGAGGCGAUUGAAUCCUCCGGUGUUCUCCAGGAUUUGGUUUGACAGCGUUUUUGAAAGAACUGCGAGUUCACGCAACGCCACCUGAUUUGAGAGGCGUAUGUUUUCUGUCUGCACACACAUCCUGUGGUACCGCGGGCGACUUAACGCGUUCUGUGUUGACGCCCCGACAUGGACACCGGGAAAACAUUGGUGAUGCCGCGCGAUUUAGGGAAGCUGAUCUAGCAGCGGGCCCAGUCCACAGCCAGCUAGGCAGGAUGACAGAGGGGGUGGAGUUGGAGGCCAGACAGAACCAGUCCCACAGGACCCAGAGGACCAGACAGAACCAGACCCAGGGCGACACAGUCCUGAUGAGGAGGGGUAGUGGAGGAGAGGGGCCUAAGGGACCCGAGGUUAGGGCAGAGAGGUCCAGGGGGUCUGAGGUUAGGGCAGAGGGGUCCAGGGGUUCCAAGGUUGGAGCAGAGGGGUCCAGUGGGUCAGAGGAUGUGGUAGAGACACGGACGUCUCAGGACUGGACCGGGGUGAACCACAGUACUGUGAGGAGGAGCACAGACAGUGACUCAGAGGAGCAGGAGGAAAACGAGGAGGAGGAGGAGGAGGAGGAGGAGGAGGAUGGUUCCCCUCCAACACCACCACCUUACUGGGUUACCACCCCACAAUGGCCCAACUGGAGAACCAGGGGCUGGGCUGUCUGGGAACGGGUAUGCCCAACAGGUGGCCCCGGAUGGGGGCUGGGGCUGGGUAGUCCUGGUGGCUACUAUCCUGGUCCUGGCUCUAACGCUGGCCUUCCCUUCCUGUAUUGGCAUCUUUUACACGGAGCUACAGGCUGAGUUCAGCUCCAGCAACACAGAGACGUCCUGGGUGCCUGCUAUCAUGACUGCUGUGCUGCACGCUGGUGGUCCACUAUGCAGCGUGCUCGUGGAACGCUUUGGUUGCCGGGUAACGGUGAUGGUGGGAGGGGUUCUGAGUGGACUAGGCAUGGUGGUCAGCGCCCUGGCCAGAACCAUCACAGAACUCUACAUCACCAGCAUCAUCGCAGGGUUGGGGUUCUGCCUGUCCUUCCAGCCCUCUGUGACCAUGAUGGGCCACUACUUUUUGAGGCGGCGGGCGUUUGCCAACGCCCUGUCGUCCACCGGCACGGCCCUGGGCCUCAGCACCUUACCCCUGCUGGCCAACUUCCUGCUGGGCCAGUUUGGCUGGAGAGGCAGCUUCCUGGUCCUGGGAGGUCUGCUGUUGAACUGCUGCGUGUGUGGGGCUGUCAUGAGGCCCCUGGGGGCCAAACACAGUGGAGCCCAGAGGACACUCACUAACAAGGCUGCCCAGGGGCUCAGCAAGCAACCAAUCAAAGGUCCUCUCCAACAGGAGAAGGAGGGACUUAAGGCAAGACUUAGGACAGCGUUCAGUGACCUUGUCGUGUUCCUACGGAGACACAUGGCCUUUGACCUGUUGGUCAGUAACCCUCGUUACCGUGCCUACGCCCUGGGAGUGACGUGGAUGAUGUUGGGGUUUGUAGUUCCCCUGGUCUACCUGGUGCCCUAUGCUACAGCCAAUGGUAUGGAACAGGACCGAGCCGCGCUACUGAUGGCCGUACUGGGCCUGGUUAACAUUGCUGUGAGACCCGUGGCGGCUGUCUUCUUCGGCCUGCCGCGCUUCAGGGGCAGUGGCUGUUUUGUGUAUGUGUUUGCGGUAGCCCUCCUGGUCAACGGGCUGAGUAACAGUAUCUGUGGUGCGGCCGCCACCUUCCCCGUGCUCCUGAUCUACGUGGUCAUCUUUGGUCUGUCCAUGUCUGUGAUUGGCUCUCUGCUCUUCACGGUGCUGAUGGAGACGGUGGAGAUGAGCCGGUUCCCCUCUGCCCUGGGUCUCAUCAGUAUGUUAGAGAGUGGAACACUGCUGAUUGGACCGCCGCUCGCAGGCAUGUUGGUGGACAGUACAGGACACUACUCUUAUGUGUUCUAUGCCUGCAGUGUGACUGUCUCCUCCUCUGGCCUCUUCCUCAUCGCAGCGUUCUACUAUCUGGACAGACAGAAGAAGAGAGCAGGUCCUCCUGCUGCUGCGUACCAACAGAAGCCUGCUAUCAGCCUAGUCCCUGACUGCCAGUACAGCCAUGUUCCUUCUACACAGGGAGGGAAGCCUGCUAUCAGCCUAGUCCCUGACUGCCAGUACAGCCAUGUUCCUUCUACACAGGGAGGGAAGCCUGCUAUCAGCCUAGUCCCUGACUGCCAGUACAGCCAUGUUCCUUCUACACAGGGAGGGAAGCCUGCUAUCAGCCUAGUCCCUGACUGCCAGUACAGCCAUGAUCCUUCUACACAGGGAGAGAGAUCAGCGGACACUGUUUGUGUCACCAACGUGUGACUUACUAAUAUGCACGUGUGUAACCCAGUAAGACAACCUGUCUACCUGCCUGCCUUAGAAUUCCAUCUAGAAUGAGAAUGAAGUAAGGAGGUAGCCUUCCAUGAGCCUUGGCCUGUAGGAGCUGCAGCAUAUCACAGGAACUGCUCACUGUGUAACGCCUCACUAUGAUGAGUCAAUGAAGGAUCUCUGUGGUGUCUGCUGUCUGCAGAGGGAAGAACUGGGAGGUUACACAUACACUACUGUUAUCAUCACUGUGAUUCCUAUGUAUGUACGUACGUACACAGGCAUUCACAACACAGGGUUUGCACACAGAUUUAGUCUGGAUUUGGAAGUCUCUCUCUUUCUCUUUCUCUCUUUCUCUCUCUCUCAUCAACAGACACAUGAGGCUGAAUGACACAACAUCCCUGUUUCAUUCAGACCCACUACUAGACGCUACAGUAGGACUCUCUAACAUACGGCCCACUAGUAGACGUUACAGUAGGACUGUCUAACAUACGGCCCACUAGUAGACGUUACAGUAGGACUGUCUAACAUACGUCCCACUAGUAGACGCUACAGUAGGACUGUCUAACAUACGGCCCACUAGUAGACGCUACAGUAGCACUGUCUAACAUACGGCCCACUAGUAGACGCUACAGUAGGACUGUCUAACAUACGGCCCACUAGUAGACGCUACAGUAGCACUGUAUAACAUACGGCCCACUAGUAGACGCUACAGUAGCACUGUCUAACAUACGGCCCACUAGUAGACGCUACAGUAGGACUGUCUAAUAUAUGGCCCACUAGUAGACGCUACAGUAGGACUGUCUAACAUACGGCCCACUAGUAGACGCUACAGUAGAACUGUCUAACAUACGGCCCACUAGUAGACGCUACAGUAGAACUGUCUAACAUACGGCCCACUAGUAGAUGCUACAGUAGGACUGUCUAACAUACGGCUCAUAGUAGACACAAAUAAAUAUUUGAAUUUGUUACAUUUUUUGACUAACAACAAUCUCAAUCGACAUUUAAAUGAUUAAAACCAACCCAUAACUACUUAGAAAUGAUAAUGGACCUAAAUGUAGUCUCUUCACUCUGUCCAGCUAGCUGAAAGCUACAUUUAUAGUCUCUUCACUCUGUCCAGCUAGCUAACAGUCAUCAUAAUGAAAGCUACAUUUAUAGUCUCUUCACUCUGUCCAGCUAGCUAACAGUCAUCAUAAUGAAAGCUACAUUUAUAGUCUCUUCACUCUGUCCAGCUAGCUAACAGUCAUCAUAAUGAAAGCUAGAUAGUCAGGGAGCAUCAAAAAUUCCCAAACCGAUGGAUAGAGGACAUUUUGCACAUUUUGACGCCAAGACAAUACAUACACAUUUUAAGUGCGGCACUCCGGCCCUUGGUGAAGACUGAAUGCGGCCCGCAGAGCAAAAUGAGUUUGACAACCCUGUGCUAGAGCAGUGUUACUCACAAAUUGCGGCAAUUGUACUGCCAAUAACAUGGGCGACCCAACUAUUUAGUGCUUUAACUGUUUGGCUUUAGGAGGAGUUAUGGUUGCUUGUACACUGUCACCGUGACAACACUGAGUAUGGCUAUGAAUGUAUUCCUGCACCUUCUUGAAUAUCCUCUGUGACUUCUUAGAUGCCUUGAUAUAACUGGACAUGAAACGAUAGCCUUAUGUAUGAAAGGAUAUACAAAUAUUUUGUAUUUUAGUCAACUUAUUUCUGAAGAUUUAAUAUUGAAUGUUUACAGAAUAUUAAACUUUUUCAAUAAAAGUAAAUUGAUUUGUG